GGUACGCGCUGCGGCCCGCGUUUGUGAUGGACCGUGGUUUACAGAGCCGCGUCCGUAUGAUUAAGUGAGGUGCUUUUAAGAAGCUAGCAAUAGAAAAGUUCACCCGCUGCUCCAACCUCCUCAGUAUGGUUCCGUGCUCUCCCACAGCGAGCAUCCUCAGCACAGACAGCUGUCGGCCCACUGACAAGUAUUGGAGACAUCACAAAACAGGAAAGAUGUUUGCAGCUUUAAAGUAUCACUCAACAGACUAUUUAUAUGAGAGCAUGGCAAGGCAAAAGUAUUCCAUCUGUAGAUUAUCACUUUGCUUUCCUCCCUAUUUACGACAACAUGAAAAGUAUCAUCUGACUGGACUUUUUGCUCAUGAUAAGUACAGGAAGCCCUGGACAAGAAUUACUUCAACACAGAACAUGAUUGCUGUUUCAGUGUUGGAUCAAUGGAAGAAAAGUUUAUCUGUGGAGGAUUUCCUGGAAAAGAAACCUAUCAGUUCUGUAGGGCUCUAUGUCAAUAAUGAAUUAAUAGCAAGUUCAAAUCCCAACUCUCAGAUUGACACAGAAACACAUUAUUUACUCGAGAAAGUUGUUUGUGAGGAAGUAUCAGCUCAAGAGAAAUAUUUGAAGAUCAACUGUGCCAUUGAGCUUAAGGAACAGUGGCAAGAUCUACAUGUUGAAGAUGAAUUUGUUUUUGUUGAUGAUCUGGAAAACUAUCAUAAAAAACUUCCUAAUUUAUCUACACUUCUGGGCAGACUAAAAUUUUUUUGUGUGAGAGAUCCUCUUUUAGAUUCUGAAGGAGAGAAUUUAACAGAAGAGAACAUUUUUAGGGAAUGUUUGACUUUCCAAAAUGAAAUACAAAUGCAGAAGAGUAAGAAUGAAUUGCAAGGAAUUAAGGAGGACUUCUGUAAAACAACAUUAGAAGAUAAAGAGUAUUUCAUGUUGCCUUUUGAGUUAGAAUUCUGCAAAAGCAGCAACAGCAAAUCAGAUUCCAUUAAGAUUCCAUCAUAUUUGGAAUUGAAGGAGUUAUUAAAUUUAGCUUCAGAAAAUAUGGCUGAUGGAAAUAUGCGUGAAGAGGUGACCAAAGAAGAUCUCAAAGAAAAAAUUGUGAACAAAAUGGAAAUUGCAAAAUACUGUCCUACUCCAAUGGUUAGCUCCAGUAGCAGCAUAAGUAUGUUGGAAAUCUCUGAAUCAGCCAAUCACAUCUCAUAUCUGAAAGAUGAAAUGGAAGUACCUCUAACUCCUCCGUGCAAACAACAAAGAUCGCAGGUGAAUUUUCUCUGUGUAGGACUUCAAGAAGAACUUAAUCCUCUUUUUGAUAACAGUAUUUUGAUUACAGAGCCCUCUAGGGAAUACUUAGACUCUUUGGUAUGGCAAUCAGAGAAGUACUGGGAUAAUGUGAGCUCUCUUUUGCUUGUCGAGUGUCAGAGCUUUAAACUUGAAUAUCAGCACCAUUCUCUCACAGAACUGAAGAAAAUACUGUCAAUUGAUGUAGAAACACCAAUGCUUACCUCACUAGAGAAAGACUGGUGGCUUCAUAUGGGAUUAGAUCUGGUCUGCGUUAAUACUUUGGAGCAAUUAAAGAGGAAUUCCAAUAGUACAAACAGUUUGCUUUCUACAGAAGUAGAAACAUUCACACAGUUUUCUGUACAUCAGUUAGAAAGAUGGCCUGAAGAGAAGAAUUACAUUGCAGAUCAGGAAUUGCUUUCUAGUGAAAGACAUGAGAUGGACGAAGUAACUGAUCUUUGUAUGUCACCUCAGACCACGAUGCAGCACUUUGGCCUGCCUAUAAAUGCUGCAUCUUCUCUCAAAAUAGACAGAACAAAUACAUCUCUGGAAAAUGUUGCUGGAGGACGUAUACAAAAGAGUAAGAUAGAAAAGCCUGUUUAUUUCAUAAACCGAGAAGAGAGGACAGACAAAUCACUUGUGUCCGUCAGCUGUAAAGAUGUGCCUUUUGAACAGCACAACUCUUCUGAGGGUCAAAAGCUCACAUCAUUCACACUUGAUUCAAAAUGGGACAAUGAUGAUUCUGAUCUGAACAACUUUAUAAUGCUCAGGUGUAAACACACGAUCGCUCAAAGACAGGAAAAAAAUGGCGUAGAUAGUCCUGAAAAAGUGCUACAGCCUGAAGAACUACAUUUACCUGAUCAUAAAGAGGACGUUUCUGUUUGUGAGCCUGCAAGAACAGAGAAAAAAGAGGAAGAGAAUGACAGCAGUGUCAUAGUCAAAAUUCAAGCAUCAGAAAGCCAAUGCCAGUCAUACUGUCUGCUGAAGGGUGCAGCUGCUUCUGCUUUGCAAGACUUGACACGUCUGGGUGUACUUGCUUCUGUAAGUUGGAGCUUCGACAACAUUAAGUUCGAUCACACAAGAUUUUUCCUAAAACAGCAGGAGAAGGUGAUAAGUGAUCAUUUUAAAGAAGGUAAAGUGGAUGAGAAAGAGGUCAUGCUGUUCAGACAUGCUGCUCUGGUGCAUCUGCUGGUGACAUGUCGAGACCUUCUGUUAACAUGUGGCUUGGACACAGCACUAGGAUAUUUGUCUAAAGCAAAGGAUAUCUGUAAAAACAUCUUAGAAUCCUGUUUGAACACUAUCUGGAGGCAGCUGAAGAUUGUACAGUACAGCAGCCAGAAAAAACAUGAAUCCAGUCCCAAACUCACAGAGCUUCAGUGUCGAAUGUUAAAUUGGAUGCAAACUAAUGCGGAGGAACACUGUAUUAAGGUACUAAAAGGUUGUAAUGAGACCUCCCCAGAGUCUUCUCUUCUCCAAGGUGAACAAGCCCAGCUUCUUACAUCUUUCUUCGUAGGAGAGAUGCUCCAGCCCUCUGACCAUCUUUGUGGCCCUCAUCUGGACUCACCCCAACAGCUCUGUGUCCUUGUGCUGCGGGCCCCAGACUUGGCCUCAGUAUUCAAGAUACUAAUCAUAAUAAGAAUGGACUCAGAGAGAGAAAAAGCAGCUCUCAUUCACACUGUAUCUAGAGUAGAAGGUUUAAAAGCUAUUGAUUUGAAUUCUGAGAAAAAAGAAAACAUUCUGGGCUAUAAAGAUAUCAUCAGCAAUAGAUGUGCCUGUGUUAUUAUACAAAAUCAGAACAUUGGAGCUGACUUCCCUUGGCAACACUUCUCAUUAGUGAUAGAAUAUGAUUAUUCUGAAAAUUCUUGCUGGAAAAGACAGUGUGAAAAUCUAAAUAUUACAUACAUGGCUUUUAAAACCAUCCUCCCUGAAACAGUACAAAUGGGGAAUCACUGUGGUUCAUCUCUUCUGGAGGUACAGAUUCCUUAUGUGUUUCUCACCACUGAAGGUCUUCUUAAUAUGCCAGAUUUUCUUCAGCUUUUGGAAUCUCACUACAGCAUUACUUUUGUUGAAAGAAGCUGCAGUUACUCCUUAAGGCUACUUGGAGAUACAGAUCGAUAUGUUGUGUUGACAGUAGAUGAAUGUACUGCUAUCUUCUUGCAGAAUAUGGAUGAAUUAAAUCAUGAGAAGUCCUGCGAAAAUGUAAUAUUGAAGCUGACAGCAUUAUCACUCCAAUAUACAUGUUGUUGGGUUGUUUUCUGCUCCAGAGAAAGACUGAGUUUGGAGUACAGUCUUAGGGGAGAUACUCUUCUCAGCCUUGCCUUAAUUUAUGCCACUUUGAUAGAAUUUACACAGAAGUCAGAAGACUUUGAAGUGAAGGUAGUUCUUACACCAGGGAUUGAAGAGGCAGCACUGCUAAUUCGUCAAAUAGCUGACAACAUUUUGAUGACAUCUAGUUUCAGUCCUCAUGAAUGGCUGGACAAAUCUUGGCUUUCUGUCUUGCCAUCAGAGAUGGAGAAACACUUGCUUACUUUUCCAUGUAUCAACCCUCUGGUUGCUCAGCUGAUGUUAAAGAAGGAAACUUCUUUGAACAGGCUUUUUCUUGCAAGCUUUGAUCAACUUCAGAAAUUCCUACCAGAGGUUCCAAAAAAAGUUCUAAAGCAUUUUAGUGACAUUACGUCUUCGUACAGCAUAAAUGCUGCUCCUCCACUGAAAACAACAGUGAAACGUCCAUCACCUCCAGAAAACUGGAAUACCUUUGAAAGACUCUAUCCAGAUUAUAAACAAAAUUCUCAGUCUUUAGUGUUGCCACCUCAAGCACAAACCAGCACAGGGCCAUCUCACGUGAAUUCUGAAGCCACAUUUCUUCCAUUGAAAUAUAAUCAAGGUUUUAUCAACUCCAGCCUUUCAAGCUGUAUGCAUGAGAGACCGUGUUUUUCAGAAGUAGCUCCAGAGAGGAAAGAGAAUUUCUUUGUUGUACCAAGGAGCUGUGAAGAUUUUGCUCAUCUAAAUGCUACAAAUUCUUUUCAUGUUAAAGGUCAGGCUUUCAGGACACACUAUGUCUCUGAUCGUUGCUCAAAAACUUCUGAAAAAGAUUUCUUUACAACUUUCAGUGACUGCAUACCUCCUGACAGCUCUACAGCUUUUCUGGAAGAAUUUAGAGACACAGCAUUUAAGAGCCCAGAAAUUCUGAUUGAUGAGACUCCAUGGAAUGACUUUCCAUCCACUUCCACGUACAAUUCAUUUGCAACUAACUUAAUUCACUCUGAUUCUCUUGUUGAUCCAGAUGAAAUUCAAACUCCAUGUUCCCAAAACCAGGGUCGAGAACCUUCAGGAAAGAGAAAGCGAAGUGCACCAUUCUUAUGGGCAAAAGGAAAAAAACUAACAGAUUUGGGAUUUGAACAAGUACCAAGAACUAAAAAAAGGAGAUUGAUGUAUGAGAGAGUCCCUGGAAGAGCUGAUGGACAAACACGUCUUAAAUUCUUUUGAAUUGAAUGGUGACUUGCAUGCCAUGUCUAUUUUUUUUUCCCCAUCCUUAAGCCAUUUGAGUGGAAAUUUAUUAAAUUCUGUUGUUGUUGUUGUUCAUUUUUAAAGGGAAAAUUGUGUUUGGGAUUUCUGACUAAAUAAGGAUUCCUUUUCUUUUAGUUCUCACUAAACAAUCCAGUUCCUUUAAGCAGGAGAAUUACUGAUGUAAACACUUACCUGUUUGUUCAUAUACAUUGUAUAAAGUUACUUCAUCGUUUUUUUAUUUAAGGAAAGAAAAAAGAAAUAACCUGCUAAAGCAUGUUGUGUUUUCAAACAACCUAUGUUUCCUCCCUGAGCAUGCAGGCUUCCACAUUUUAUAGCAGGACUGAAUUUGCCUGAAUCUCAAAACUGGUGAUACAGUCUUAGAAAUUCCUUGCGUAUAAAGCAGGAGAUCUUUCUGUUUGUCCUUUGGGUUCAAUUCCACUUCAUUCCUUCUGACAGCUCCUCUGGAAACCCUGUGAUAAGUUCCUUUAUGGCUUGAGUGUGGCUUUAGUCACAAGCAACCUUCAGAAACAACACAAUUGGUUAUGACAGGAAAGAUAGUUGAAGUUUCUGAUUCUCAUAGAUCUGACUCGGAGAAUAACACUGUGACUCUAGCUCUUCACAUUAUCUAGUGGAGGCUGUUUGUUGAUUUACCCGUUUUUCAGCCUGCUACACUGCUUCUGUGUGAAAGAAGAUGAGAAUCAUCUAGGAGACAAUACCAGAAGUUCUAGGCUACAGCAAGAGAGCAUAGGAGAUCAGACAACAAAAAAGUCAUCUCCGUUGCAAACUGCAGAAGAGAGAAUGUGUCCAACUUCCCACUCUCCAUCAAAAGAGCUAGAAAUAUUUGUGGAGGCAAUGGUAGAGAGUAACUCCGUGCUGCUGUUGGCAUGCAAAGUCUGCCAGCUUCAGAAUAUUAGUGUCUGUUAAGUGACCUUCCAUUCAGAUGAGGCAGUUUUCAAACUCACUUUCUUUGUUUUUUAAGUUUAAUGCAGUAACAGAAAAAAACGUAUGUAUGGUUUAGGCCUGAAAUAAAAUAAUUUAUUGAUAUUGAGUCUUCAUUAAGCACAUAUUCAUUAUCUGUUUAAAUACAGCCAGUUCUUAGAGGAGCAGCUCUAGCUUCUCUGAUUGUUAAAUGAGAACUCCUAAAAGUACGAUGUCGGUUCCAGGAGUAAUCGUAGUUCACAGUAAUAUCCGCAGGUUAUUUGUAUCCAAACUGUUUGCAGGACAUUGCAGAAUACUUUUCAUGUGUAGUAUUAAUAAAAUCUUUUGUAGGAUUGUAGAUUUGCCAAUGUUUGCAUGUUUGACCAGAACAAAGCAGUUACUAAAAUAAAAGUUUCAUUUUGGUCGCUAUUUCUGGCCCAUUUUUGUGGUUGCUUGACCUAACCAUUUUCCAUCUCAUUACAACACAGAUUUGGCUCUGUUCUUCAGAACUGUCUCCCAGCUUGCCAGGCUCAGGAAUUUCUUCUUUUAAGAGUGCAGCUCUGCAAAAACUUAUUCACAGAUGACUACAGUGGAGAAAAUUACAGGUGCCACUCCCUAGCUAUGUAGUUAUGUCCUUUCACACAGAUAGAGGCUGAUACCAGAACUUUUUGUGUGCGUUCAGUAAAGGCUAGUUCAGAUAAUCUACUGAUUCCUUCAAAAACAGAGGCAGCCCGUAUGUUCCCUACAUUCAAGUAGUGAAGAAAACUCAGGGGUCAACUGCAGUCAGUUUCUAAUAUGCAGAAAAAUGACAAUAUACAUUUAGAUACUGGCAAUGUGGGAAAAGAGCUUGCAAUGACCAUUUAAUUUUCACUCUGUUUGUGACUCUCAGUCUUUGACAAUUUACAUACCUAAUGACAACUUUGUCACAUGUAAGGCUCUUCCCCUAAUCCCUUCUGUUUAAUGUAGAAGAAAAUCAGUGCUAUGGGAAUCUUCCCUUGCCCUCCCCUCAAAAAGAGAAAAAAGCAGUCAUAUAUGAGAAUUCCACAUUCGGAGGGAUCUUUUUGCAAUUUUUGUAUUGCAUUUUUGUGUGUGUGUGUGAGAAUGAGAGGUUUCCUGAUCACCAGACUUCCACCUGUGGCAGGUACACUCAUUUCUUGCAUCCAAUUUGUGAAAUGCUAGGUGACCUGGCAGGUUACAGCUCUAGAAGUAAAAAAAAGAAGCCUUGCUGGUGGACUCACUGUAUUUGUCACAGUGAACGACAGCAGAAAAAAGGUGAGCCUGUGGCUCACGUUAGGCACAUACGUGUACAGAUUUGUGCAGUCAUUUAAUUAGUUUUAUCAUGGGCAUCCUGUGGAAACUGGAGAUUGGCAUGAAGGCCUUUGUGCAGUGUGUACCCAGAAGGCCAAGGAGUGCAGCAAGCACGCUCCUCUGCAGAUAUCUGAACCUGUAUCUUCCUUUCAUGGGCCUUCAGCACAACCAGCAUGCUGCCA